AUGCCUCGUUUUCUUCUUGUCGUGUUGGGUCGGGUCGGGUCGGGUCGGGUUGUUGUUUUUCCUCUAGUAGUGGCUCUCGCAUUUCACAUCAUAAUUCUUACAGAAGGAAUUGUAGCACUAGGAAAGUUUGAUGCUCUUCACGGUGGUCAUCGAGAACUUGCAAUUCAAGCAUGAAAGGUUGGAGCCCCAUUUCUUCUAUCAUUUGAACGAAUGGUAGAAGUUAUUGGUUGGGAGGACAGGGCGCCCGUAGUUGCCAAAUGUGACCGGAGUAGAGUUCUUUCUUCUUGGGCUCCAUACUGUGGCAAUCUGGUUCCAGCAGAGGUCCAAAAUGAAUUUUCAAGUGUUCGACAUCUCACCCCACAGCAAUUUGUUGAGAAGCUCUACAAGGAGCUUGGAGCUGUGGCAGGGGAAAACUACAGAUUUGGAUAUAAAGCUGCUGCGAGGCUGUGCGAAGAGCAAGGCAUGCGGGCUUACAUUACAAGUUCAGUAAUGGACAAGAAUCAAGAUCACAGAAGCAUGAAUUCUGGUGAUCUAAAAGACAAAGGACAAGUCCCAUCCACCCGUGUUCGUCAGGCUUUAGCUAUAGGAGAUGUGAACUACGUGUCAGAACUUCUUGUUCAUCAGCAUCGUCUCAUAUCGACGGUGGGAGACCAGAAAGAACUUGCUAAAACCAGCAGUGGAUGGAGAAUCUCCUUUCCAAAGUCCUAUCUAUCGAAUCUGCGAGAGGUAAAAGGGAUCAGAAUAAAUAAAGAUUUCUUGGUGUGAUCAAACUCAUCUUCAACAAUCCAAAGAAUCUCUUAUGGGCAUCCAUGAAAGGCUAAGAACAAGACACCUUGUCCCUUGUCUUACUGCUCACCCUUCCAUUCAGAAUCUCUGGUUGGAAUAUCCAACUGGGAUAUUCUAGAAACCAUUCUCGUCUUGCAAG